UACUCAGGAGCCAGGAAUUUAGAGUAGAAAUGGGCGUAGUCAGCUCUUUUUCUACGUGUCCCCUUCCAGGAAACUUGGAGAGACGCGCACAAUGGCCACACAACAAGUAAAGACGAGGGUUGCUGUUCAGGAGGGGAGUGUUGUCACCGCUGUCUUAUCUAAUUGACUGAGCACCGAGAUACCGCUAAAUCAAAACCGGUUAGCUGCUUUCGGUGCCUGAGUUCAACUAACUUAACUACCCGAUCACAUGAUGGCAAUCGAAGCCGAUGAGGGACGCGUUUCCGGCAGAUGCAACCGCCGGCUAAACGACACCCCAUUCUUGAUCCCGGCCGACAGGAGAAGUACGAGUGUUGUUGCAAUAGCACUGAUAAGCGAGUCCCCCAGCCUCCCUGUCUCUCGCGCCAACUUGGGGAUCAACUGUGGCUGCUCGAAACCGUGGAUUUCCAGCCCGCAAAGCCUUAUCCCGUUCCCCAAAAGACGGCCCCUCGAUUGCCCCUCCUUCACCGCUUUCGCGAAUAACGGUAUCGACCGGGGUCGAAAUGUCGCCGGAAACUGAGGUUACUCUGGAUAAUCUUAGUAUAAUUCUCGAGCAGGAUACACAAGUAAAGCUCGCCGGAAUCGACGCAGAUGGGAUCCUUCGUGGGAAACUUGUAUCCAAGCGGAAGUUUCUCAGCAUUGCCCAAGAUGGAUUCGGGUUCUGCUCUGUCAUAUUUGGGUGGGAUAUGCACGAUCAUACAUAUUUCAAGGAGCUAGGGAUAAGCAAUAAGGAGAAUGGAUAUAGAGACAUGCUAGCAAUCCCGGACCUGACUAGCUUUCGGAGAAUACCGUGGGAGGAUAAUGUACCCUUUUUUCUGAUAAACUUUUUCGACCCGGAUACCAAGGAGCCUGUAUCGGCCUGUCCGCGCGGAUUGUUGAGGACAGCUGCUGAGAAAAUGGAGAAGCUGGGCUAUAGAGCUAUGGCUGGUGCGGAAUAUGAAUUUUAUCAAUUUCGCGCGCCUCCGAAUCCAAAUGCUCUCGAACGAAACUCUUCAUCAACAGCUACUUUUCUCAGGGAGAAUCCAGUGGAUGCUCUCCCACCACUAACGGAAGGGAUGUUUGGUUACAGUCUUACGAGGACGGUGCAUAAUCAGGAGUAUUUUUAUAGGGUCUUCAACACCUGUCAUGAAUUUAAGUGUGACAUUGAGAGUUGGCAUACUGAAAGCGGUCCUGGCGUAUUUGAAGCCGCUCUUGAGUUUGGAGAGAUCAAAGAAAUAGCUGAUCGCGCGGGGUUAUUCAAAUACGUUGUGAAAUGCCUUGGCAGCAAAUAUGGAAUAACACCUGUAUUCAUGGCUAAACCACGGCAGGGACUCCCGGGAAACAGCGGACAUAUGCACGUCUCCCUUGUCUCAGACACGGGGAUAAACUUGUUCAGCCGCGACGAACCCGAUCCUUCACCCCCAUAUUCCGAUGUAGCAUACCUUUCCGACAUGGGCAGGCACUUUCUCGCAGGCGUCCUCGACGGCCUGCCUGACAUCAUGCCCCUUUUCGCCCCGACCAUAAAUUCCUACAAGCGUCUGGUGGAGAACUUCUGGGCCCCCGUCACCGUUUCCUGGGGUCUAGAGCACCGAGCUGCAUCUAUCCGUGUCAUCACGCCACCCACUUCGUCUCCGAAGGGCACACGUCUUGAGGUGCGGGUCCCCGGUGCAGAUGCUAACCCGCAUUAUGUCCUCGCGGCUAUCCUCGCGCUGGGUUGGCGCGGGGUGGAGAAGAAGCUCGCGCUUCCUGUUCCGCCGCUGCCUCGAGGGGCGGAGGUGGGCAGCUCAACCGACCAAGGGGCGCGGUUGGCUAAAAGUCUCAAGGAAGCGGUUGCCGUUUUCACACGAAAGGAGAGUGUUGCGAGGGAGGUUUUUGGAGAUGCCUUUGUGGAUCAUUUUGGGGGGACGAGGGAACAUGAGAUCCGGCUGUGGGAGGAAGCUGUGACUGAUUGGGAAGUUAAGCGGUAUAUCGAAACUGUUUAGAAGGUUGCGUUUCGAGAGAGAGAGGGGCGACGGACGGGGGAAUCUUGUUAUUGUUAACCUAUGAAUGUGCUUUUAUAGAUAUACCAUCCUGAACAUUAUUGAGCGACAUACACCGUAUAAACCGUAUGGCCAAUUGACAUUCCAUUCAAAAAUCCCCAUUCAAUGCAUGGGUAGAUAUAUUCGUAGUUCAUCGUAUUUGUCACGAAACGUAUAUAUAUUCCUGUUUUCUAGCUCCGAGUUUCUUCAAUCACAUGACUAGGAACUGCUCUUGUUAUGGGUUCGGUUCUAGCGUGGCUACCA